AUGUUGAUCAGGAAAAUGAAAAAGCUGUCCAAAUCUGGGGCUGUAUGUGUAGAUCCUAUCUCAUAUAACGUUCCAGACGGAGGAUGGGGAUGGGCUGUCACCUUCUCGUCUUUCAUGGUCAAUGUAUUCAUAGACGGAGUGAUUUAUACAUUUGGAAUUUUCUUUCCGGAACUCCUCAGAUAUUUUGGAGAAAGUAAAGGAAAGACACAGCUAUUGCACUCCAUUCUUGUUGGAACUCUUUUUUUUGUUGGUCCUGUAGCUAGUGCGCUAGUGACCAAAUAUGGCUGCCGACGGGUUACCGAAAGUGGAUCAGUGAUUGUCAGCGUCGGGCUCUUCCUGUCUUCAUUUUCACAAAACCUGGAUGUGAUGAUCCUUUGUUACAGCAUCAUAGGAGGUAUUGGUUUCGGCCUGUUUUAUUUACCCUCCAUCGUAAUAAUUGGUGAAUAUUUCGACAAACGAAGAUCAUUGGCCACAGGACUUGCAGUUUGCGGAGUUGGAACCUUUGUAUUUGCACCUAUCACAGAAUACUUUUUGGAAACAUACAUGUGGCGAGGAACACUGUGGAUUAUGUCAGCAAUUAUACUCAAUGGUAUUAUUGUCUCCACUACCUAUAGACCUCUACAAACGGAUGUGAACAGGAACACAACAAAACGUAGUGAAGUCGAUAGCAAGCCUAAUCAAGAUGAUACAACAAGGAAUUCCAGCACCUGUUGCCAACAAAUAUGUUCAUCAAUUAAUGCCACGUUGGACCUUUCACUACUCAAAAGUCCAACUAUGUUGUUGUAUGGAGCGUCAUGUUUUUUCGUCAUGUUUGGAUAUUUCGUUCCGUCAAAUUUUCUGCCUGCAUGGGCUAGUGAGGUCAAUCUGUCCACAGCUCAAGGAACAUUCCUCAUUUCGUUAAUGGGCGUGUCCAACACUAUUACACGUGUUUUGGUUGGCUACAUAACGGACAGACCAUGGGCCAAUUGCUUGAUCAUUUACAGCACUGCGCUACUGAUUGGUGGAAUGUCGACGUGUUUUGUGCCAUUUUUUAUCACAUAUGAGAUUCUUGUCAUAUACGCGAUCAUAUUUGGAGCAGUAAAGGCAGUCUUUUUCUGUCUGAGAAGUAUACUGAUGGCUGAACUAUUGGGGAUACACAGACUCAACAGUUCGUUUGGUUUAGCAGGACUUUGCAUGGGACUGUCUACUUAUGUUGGAUCGCCUAUUGCAGGAGCAUUGUCUGAUAUGAGUGGAAACUAUAACAUGGCUUUCUACUUUGGUGGAAUCAGUCUCGGGAUUGGAGGCUUACUUUGUUUACCACUAAGACGGAUUUCAGUAUGGGAGAAGGGAAGAAUUGAUGAUUUAAAUAAAGAAAAUACCGGGCAAUGGAGAUAA